AUGUCAAGUAAACAAAAGAUGUUCUUUAUUUUCUUUACAAAAAUAUUAAUUUGUUCACUGUAGGUAGAUAAUAUAAUAAAGGAAUCGUUUUGAAUAUAAAGCAUGCCAGUCGAUUUUAAAAAUAAAACUGGUCGGCACUCAGACGAUGAGGAUGAGUUUUUCAAACCAACGUCGAAUUCUACACUGGCAAAAAUUUUUGGUAUAUCGAAAGGCAGUCCGCCCAAAAAGGCGUCACCGUCGACAGAACCGUCCAAGUCAAAUCAGCUUUCUGACCGCUAUGGUGCAUCGUCAUUCAGGUAUGUCCCGCCACAGGAAACAACCGACUGCGAUGAUAAUAAUCUUCAAAAUGCGCCCACUGUAAACUGGAAACUCGUGCAAGCUAGUGUUGUUUCCGCAUAUAAACUUAUAAACACCGAAAAUGUGCCCCAAGGAAAGCUUGGAUUAGCCCUUCUAUGUUUGGAUGCUGAGUAUAGAAUAAUAAUAUAUCGGACAAAAGCAGACGUAUUAGCUACCUUGAAUAUCUCUCCAACCACAACAUUGAUUCUCGUAAACGGUUACCUUCAAUUCCAUAGUGAUGAUGGAUGCUUCUGGAGCAUCCUCUUUGAUCAAAUUACAGAACGUGAUGAGCUACUAAAGUCUGUCCAUGGAAUUUGCACGAUUGAUCAAGAGGUUAAGCACUCAAUCAAACCGAUUCCUGCUUCGAGAACUAUUCCCCUGGUAGAGUUACCGGAUUCAGAUGUAGACCCAACAAAAGCCAGCCUGAUAUCCAGGAUGGCCAGGGUAGGACAAUCGAUUUAUCCACAAGAUAACCCGGUAUCAACCACCGAAGUCAGUGAUUCAUCCGAUGCGGAUGUUCGAAUUGAAACUAUCCCCCGAUCAAGUAUCCCACCACAUCGCAGAACCACUAAUUCAAGUAGAAACUAUCCCGUUACAAUCGGUAUGCAAAUGAUUCCAUCGGCAGCAAAUGCACUCAACACGGCUAUCAGCGGUCAAAACAUGCUACAGACGGCUAACGAUGUUAACAUUAAUAUGUUUCUGACUGAGAGUCGUAUGUAUAAUACUGAAUUACGAAUGAAUAUGUCUAAGAUUGAGACUAAACUGGAACGAGUGCUUGACAGGAUAGAUCUAAUAAAUGGUUCCACUUCGAAAGAAGGAAAAUCUAUGGUUGAUAGGGACGAAGACAUGCUACUUUUAGAGGAGAAAAUGUUAGAAGUGAAAAAGGAGAAUUAUUCGUUGAAGGGGAAAAUUAGAAGUUUGGAAGCCGAGGCUGCUUCCGGUAAGGAUAGUAUAACAGCAAAAGCACAGCUUAUCGAAGCCGAAAAGCGUUGCCAGGAAUUGAAAACACAAGUUGACUUUUUACAACGCGAAGUUCAGACUAGUAAAGAGAAAAAUGAAGAAAAUGUUUUAGAAAUUGAUCGAUUGAACCGAGAGCUUAUGGCUAAAAAUAUAGUCAUAGAACAAACAACCAAAGAUUUAAGUGUACUGGAGGAACAAAUAAAAUUUGCUCGUAGCAAAGAGAGUUCGUUACAGGAUACGAAUCUGUUGCUGAUGAAAGAGUUGGAAUGUUUAAAACAAACCAUCGCAGGUAAGGAACAGAAGUUAGCAGAUCAAUCGGCGGAACAAAAGACGAACGAUAGUAAACAACUGAACGAUAUGGUGAAGCAGAUCAUGAACAACUGCUUUCAACGUAUAUCAGAUCAAAUAGAUGAUGUCAACGUUUUAAAGAUUGUUGCACAGGCCAUUAAGCAGGAAACGAAAGCCGUUAUUCAACUUCAGUAACCUAAAAAAGGCUUUCCAACGAGCCCACAUUUUAUCAGUUCAAUAGUAAAAAAUACGUACUGGGUAAAAUUAACAAACUGAAUA